AUGAUCCCGCAAUUUCUCGUCGACCUAUAUGCGGAUCUUCAAGAGGCGUUUGAGAUCGGCUCGCUAGAAAAGAUUGACGAGCGAUGGAUGUGGCUAGGAGGCACGUGGGCCGUGUGUAUGCUGUUGGCAUUUGCAGCGGUCUUCUUGAUCCCCAAGGAGUACGGUGCUUUUUUGGAGAAGCCGAUGCUUUCUUUUGAGGAUGACGAGACCAAGGACGCAAACGGAGCGCCUCGGGUGGAGUCUGUGGGCGAGGACUUUGACUACACCAAGUUGGAGCCCAUCAAGCAUCGACCCUUCAAGCCAGGCAAGUACAACAUGACCAUGGGUCUGCAAAAGUGCUCCCACAACCAAAUGUUUCAAAUGGAGAAGACGUACAAGGAGCGGGUCCAACUGCGACGAGAAACCAUUGCCAAGAACCCGCAUAUUGCCGUUUUCUGCGAACCUGGUGCUGAUGUCGCUGCUCCAGUGGCCGAGUUCUACGAUAAGUCCAUGAGGUUUCUGGCCAAGCGGUACCCCAUGUACUUUUCUGAAAACUUCAAGACGGGGCAUAUCAUUAACCGUGUCUUUGACAAUGAGCGGUAUCCCAUCUCCGGCGUCUACGCUCUGAAACACGGCUACAAGCCCUAUGAUCUGCUUCGAAUUCUGUCUCGAACCGUGGAGGAGGACUUUCUGAUCAUGACCUUUGACGAAACUAGCGAGCCUCCCAUGUACAGACUGCGGGCUGGCUCGUCGUGUUUCCCUGCCGGUUUCAACCCGAAGCUCAAGUGCGGUCUUACCCUUCGAGACAUUCAUGGACCUGUGCCCAUGUAUGGCGAGAAGCUGGAGACGUCUAUGAACAAGUUUUUCAAGCGGAUCAAGCCCCACGACUACGUUCAGCGUCAGAACUGGGGUAUUCAGCGAGGAACUACCAUGUUUGCCAUCGGUGAGUACCACGUGUACGACCAGGACAAGGUCAAGGUGUACAAGGACGGCGAGAUUGACUUUUCGGAGUGGUUUCUGCGGUGUGAAAACCAGAUCCUGACACGUCUUCCUUCCACCGAGGCUCUAGCUUUCGUGAUUCGAACCUACGUGACUCCUGUGACGGAGAUCAAGGAAGAAGAAGGAAUUCCCGAGUCGCUUUGUGCCGCCAUCGAUGCUCUUCCCGAAGAGAUCUAUGUCUACAAGGGCGCUCAGGAGUGGGCUCCUCCCUUGAAACGUUUUUUGAAGGGUGAGAUUGACUCCCUGGGGGUUCCUGUCACCAAGUAA